GUGAUCACCGUUCACUUUUAAAUAAAGUUUUUCUGAAGAUCUUCACCAGUUCUUCCGGUGUGCAAAAAUGGAGGUGGAGGGUAUGUUGGCCCCGCUGUCGCUCUCUGCUAAAUUCGAGGGGUCCUUUGCCUAUCUAACCGUCAGAGACAGGCUGCCAACCAUACUGACAAAAGUGAUAGACACAAUACACCGCAAUAAGGAUAAUUUCUUCAAAGAUUAUGGAGAGGAGGGGGUCCAGGCAGAGAAGAGGGCCAUUUCCUUCCUGUCAAAAAUGAGGAAUGAACUGCAGACAGAUAAACCUGUGCUGGUUUUGACUGAUAAUGCUGAAGACACAGAGACCUGGAACAAGUACAUGGAAAGACAGCAGGACCUGAUGGAGGAUGGGCAACCUGUCAGCUGGUUCAAGUCACCAUGGCUGUAUAUGGAGUGCUACAUGUACCGGAGAAUCCGAGAGGCCUUGUAUCUAAGUCCACCUAUGGAUAAUUUUGAUGUGUUUAAGGAGGGAAAGACGGAAAGCUUUUUUGAAUCUCAACGAGCAAUAAUAUCCGUCUGUACCUACCUUCAAGAACUCAUCACCAACAUGGAGAACAUGUCUGAGGUGCAGCUGCAGGAACACUUUCUUAAAUUGCUCCAGGUCUCGUUGUGGGGAAACAAGUGUGAUCUGUCCAUCUCUGCCGGUCAGGACAACUCUCAAAAGUCCAAUCCCAUCGAUUCUUUACCUGAUCUCCAGCGCUUCAUUCUAGUGGAUGACUCCAUCAAGGUUUGGUCAACGCUGGUUGCUGGGCAAGGCUGUGGAUCCUCAGGAAUGAAACGUGGGAGAGUUGACAUUGUUUUAGACAAUGCCGGCUUUGAGCUCAUCACUGAUCUCGUCCUCGCCGACUUCCUUGUUUCUGCUGGACUCGCCAAGCAAAUCAGAUUUCACGGUAAAUCCUUCCCGUGGUUUGUCUCCGAUGUCACAAAACAAGAUUUUGAGUGGACCAUCAUGCAGACCAUGGCGUCCAAUCAUAAGUGGAUGUCGGCCAGUGGUGCGCAAUGGAAACAUUUCAUGAAGGACGGCACUUGGUCAUACCACGACCAUGCGUUUUGGACCUCACCACAUGAGUUUUGUGAUAUGCCCGCUGAUGCAGCCGAUCUUUACGCCAUGCUACAGGAUUCUGAUUUGAUCCUGUUCAAAGGAGACCUAAACUACAGGAAGCUGACUGGUGAUAGAAUGUGGGAGCACACGGUUUUGUUUAACAGAGCUUUGAGAGGAUUCCAGGCCGCCCCGCUCUGUAGUAUCAGAACAUUGAAGGCGAAUGUUCAGGUAGGCUUGAAGUCAGGCCACGCUGAGCAGCUCAGCUCAGAAGAUGCAGACUGGAUGACUAAUGGUAAAUAUGCUGUCAUUCAGUUCUCCAGUUCGUCUAAAGAACACUAGGGUCAUUUUUAGAAAGAGCAAAGAGUCCUUACUAACGGAAGACCAACCAAGAGGCGACAAAUAAAAUGCAUUUACGGACUGAAACUACCCAACAUUGCAAACAGAUGUAUGCUUUGUCAUUUUGUUUUUGCUUGAACUAUCCAAUGGAGGUUUUCUGUGGAUGAAACGGCAGAUAUGGGAGCUUCAGAAUUAUUACACCCUAAAAGCAAAUUUAAUCUAAAUGAAUUUUUUAGAUGGAUGAAUUUUUGAAUGUUACCGUGAGAAUUUAUGCUUAGCACUGCCAGUUGUUAAUUCGUAAGAGGACGGAUUUAAACCGGCUACAGUUAAAUUCAUGGUGCACAUGUAAAUGGGACAACAAUCUGUGACAUCUAAUAGUUGUACUGCUGUGAUGCAUAGUAAAUACAAAAAACGUGUAUUGAAAUUAAAUUCCUUAAUGUCAUGCAUUUCAUACAGAAUUCUUGAGUUUACAGCAAAUAGUUUGUUUCAGUAUUUCAAUCAAGACAUUAAGCAUAUGCUGUGUAUUAUGGUGUAUUUUUUUCUGGAUAUUAGGCUCUGCGUGAGAACAUCGUUGACAAUGGUUUACAUUAUAUACAAAAUAUUGGCUGUUGACCAGGGAAAAACAGUUUUCAUUAUUUGUUUACGCUUUGGAAUGACUAGCACUACUGUUUCAAAGUUUACCAGAUGUGUAGAAUCUGUUAUAAUGCAAAAUGAUUGAUUUUAUUUAUGAUGUUGAAAACAAGAUGCCAGUCACUCGGGAGACAUAAGUUCUAAUACUGCAGUUGUCUGUUUGUGCUCAUUAAAAUGCAAAUUCUUUGUUUUGAAAAUUUAUUUCAAUAAAAUGUUUAAAAAUG